AUGUCUCAAUAUUAUACUUUUGAGCAUGAGGAUAAGUUACCUCAAUUACCAGUUCCUCUGUUAAUAGCAACCACUCAACAAUUAUUAACUGCUUUAAAGCCAUUAUUAUCAGCUGAAGAAUUUGAUUUAUUGAUUGAUGAAUCAACUGAAUUUGUUAACAAUGAAUUAAUCAACUUAAUUCAACAACAUUUAGUUGCUUUACAAGAGAAUGAAGAUAUUGCUUGCUAUUUAGAUAUUGUUCAUAAUAAUGUUACUCCUGCUAUUUAUGGUGAAUCAAGAGGUGAUGUGUUACCAAGAAAUCCUUAUCUUAUCUUAGAAGAAGAUCCUUAUUCAAAGACUAUUAAUCCACCUAAUCAAGCUCAAAGAUCUGCUAAUUUAAUUAAUUCAUCUUUGAAGUUUAUUGUUAGUCUUAGAAAUGAAUCUUUAAAGCCAGAUUUGACCCCUAAAAAUGGUAACCCAUUAACUAUGGCAUGUUAUAAGAAUCUUUUUGGUACCACUAGAAUUCCAGAUUUAUCUGAAGAACAUUCAACAAAUGUGGCAAUUAAGAAGUAUCAAGAUAUUAACGACUCAAGACAUAUUUUGAUUAUUUGCAAUAAUCAAUAUUAUACACUCGAAGUUUUAACUGAAUACACUGAAGAAGCUUAUGCUCAAACCAAAACUAAACAUAAAAUUUGGUUUAAUGAUCUUGAAUUAUCUAUUAUCUUGCAAGCUAUCAUUGAUGAUGCAAAGAAAGUUGACCGUAUCGAGUCUAUUAAUAAUGCUAUUGGUUCUAUUACAACUCAAUCCUUAAAGCAUUGGAAAGCAGCAAGAUUAGAGUUAAAAUCGUCAAAUGCAGAAAAUUUGAAAAAAAUCGAUGACGCAUUAUUUGUAGUAGUUAUGGAUUCUAAUUCUCCAAAAGAUGAUCAAGAAAGAACAGAAGUAAUUUCUCAUGGUAGUUCUGUAUUAUCCGGGAAUGUUCAAGUUGGUACAUGUACUUCAAGAUGGUAUGAUAAAUUACAAUUGAUUGUUACUGAAAACUCCGUGGCUGGUGUUGUUUGGGAAUCAAUGAUUAUGGAUUCAACUGCUAUCUUGAGAUUUAUUAGUGAUAUUUAUACCGAUUCGGUUUUGAAAUUGGCAAAGAAUAUUAAUGGAUCUGAAUAUACCUUGUUUGACAGUAAUGUAAAGUUUAUUUCGUCCACUGAAACCAAACCUGAUCAAGUGAAAUUGACAUUUAAUAAAACUCCCGAAGUUCAAAAUUUUAUUCAUCUUUCUGAAACCAGAUUAGCUGAUAUAAUUAACCAACAUGAAUACAAAACUUUGAAUAUUAGAAUGGAUUCAACUUUAGUUAAGAGUUUCAGUCUUUCUGUUGAUUCUAUUUUACAAGUUGCCUUCCAAAUUACCAAUUACUCAUUGUAUGGUAGAAUGAUCAAUAGUUUAGAGCCAAUCACAACCAGGAAAUUCAAGAAUGCAAGAACUGAAUUAGUUCCAAUUCAAAAUGAUUAUAUUUCAAAUUUGGUUAAAUUAUAUAUUACUUCAGCAUCCGCACUGGAAAAAUUUGAAGCAUUUAGCAGAUGUUGUCAAGAUCAUUUAGUUCAAUAUCGUGCUGCCAUGAACGGGAAAGGUUUUGAAAGACAUUUAAUGUCAAUUAUUCACAUUAUUAAACGUCCAUCGAUUGCUAAACGUAUAAAUGAAAUUAACUCCCAUUUACCUCCAAUUCCUGAUUUGACCAAGACUAAAACAUUUGUUCCAUUAUUAUUAGAUCCUACAAUUGAAAAAUUACAAAACCCAGAAUUAUUAAUUUCAAACUGUGGUAAUCCUGCUUUAUUAUUAUUUGGAAUCACACCUGCAGUAGAUCAAGGUUUUGGUAUUGGUUAUAUUAUUCAUAGUGAUAAGGUUAUUAUUACCAUUUGUUCCAAACAUAGACAAACCGCCAGAUUUUUGGAUACUUUCCAUCGUGUUAUCCAUGAUAUUAAGCAAAACCUUAAACAAAGAUCCAACUUAUUAUUAUCUAUUAGUGAUUCUGAACAACGUAGUAUGGAACUUAAGAGAUUAAGAAUUGAGCAUGAAUUAAACACCGUUGAAUCGGAUAAUGUCGCCCAAAGACAUCCUAUUCCAUUAACUGUUGCUGGAGAAUCUAUUCCAAUUGAAAGUAUCAAGUUAGAAUCACUUCCAAUGAUUAAGUCAGAAUCUGAUGUUAGAUCUCAAGAAUCUGAAGAAGAAGAAGAAAAGAAUGAAAAUUAUGAAUUAAUGGGAGGAUAUGGAUAUUUCGUAUAUGGAGAAUUAGAUUUGCGUUCAGAUGAAAUUUCAAGAAAUGCAAGUUAUAUUCAUUCAAGAAAUGAUUCAUACCGUGGAUCAAGAGUAACAAGUGCUGUUCAUUCAAGACAUCAUUCUGCUACCAAUUUGGCGAAAUUGGCAUUAUCGGCUCAUCAUGAUACAUUGGAUAUCAAAGAAAAGCAAAGUUUAAGUGACCAAAUUCGUGAUAAGUUAUCAAAAAGUACAGAUAGUAUACCUAGUCUAGACGCUUCUUUGAAGAAUUUGGCAAUGACUCAAGCUGGCCCUAGCGGUUCUGAAGUUAGGAUCGAAGUUGAAAAUACCGAUGAACCAAAGAAGAAGGGUUCAAUUGGGAGAAAGUUGGAUCUUUCCAAACAUAGAAUUGGUUGA